UAUUUUAUUUUUGAAGAUGGAGCAGGUUGACCCGGAAGUAGUUCUUGCUCUCGGCCACACGUGUUCCUGUAGCAGCGUGUGCAGCGGGGCUGGAUGUUUUUCAGAAAUGGUGGAAGCUGCGAUGAAAACAGCCGAACCUCUCCGGCCGACCGGAGUUCUGCAGCAAAACCGAGUUUUCCUCGACUUCUUCUGGGACUUGGCCAAACCGGAUCAGGAAGUCCGACUGAAGGCGGUGGAGGACCUGGUCGAGCACCUGAAAACAGGGAAAAAUAAAGAUGAGUUGGAAUACACCUUUAAGAGGCUGGUGGAUGGACUGGGCCACACACGGGAAACCGCCAGACCGGGGUUCAGCCUGGCGUUGGGACAGGUUUUGGUUGCGUUUGAAGAGAUCCCGCUGCAGAGCAUUCUCGACAGAGUCAAGCAGAAGCACAGCUUGCAGGCCGUGAAAAAGAAAUUAGCCAAAAAUGCCAUGUUUGGAAACCUGUUUGGUGUUCUGGCUCUUCAUCAGUCCGGGCGACUCUUUAAAGAGCCGCAGGUGGUGCUCGCAUGUGUGCAGCUCCUCCAGAGCCUCAGCCCGCACAAACAACACCUGAAGGACCUGCCCACCAAAACCAUCAUGGACAUCCUCACAGAGAUCCCAGAGGAAGUGUUUGAGGAGGUCCUGCUGAGCGCCCUGAAGUCUGACCUGGCGUCCGCCUUCAACACUCCAGAGCAGCUGCAGCUGCUGCUUGUGGCUUUGCAGCGCUUCCCGCAAUCGCUCAAACCCAAGAAGCUGAAGAAGCUGCUGGGCUCGGCCACCAUCAUCAAUGCUGACAACGUCCCCAGGCUGAUCGAGGUGUUGAAGAUGGCGGCGCACUCGGUAAAGAAGGAGCUGAUUCUCCCAGCGGUGGCCCUGGACCUCCUGAAGCUCUCUCUGAAGGAAGACAGCUUCCAGCUCUUCUGGAACAAAGCCGUCACCGAGGGCAUGUUCAAGGAGCCGUCCGGGCCGACUCAUUACCUGAGCUUCCGGCUGCUCGGCAGCGCCCUGCCUCUGCUCUCCUUAUCCCAGCUGAAGGAGGUUCUAUCCGGAGAAGUGAUGAUGCACUAUGGAGAACAUGUAGUGUCUGCUCAGAAACCAGAUCGCUUCAAACUGGCCCCAGAGAUGGAAAAAUACGUGUCGGACUUCCUGAGGGACUGCCAGGACUCGGAUAAACAGCUCGCCGUCGUGGUGGCCUUCUCCUCGCUGACCAACAACGGCUACCCCGUGGUGCCAUCAGUGUGGAAGGUGGUGCAGCACCUGCAGCCUGCAGCUCUGCAAAGCUACGUGGCGUGGCUCAGGAGCAUGUUUCUGCAACCUCAGAUGACAAAGUUGCUGGAUUUCAGCACACGCAAGCAGAAGGACAAGCAACAAGUACAGCCAGAGAUGGAAACUCCUGUGUCCCGCCUGAGAAAGUGGCUCGUUGCUCGACUCUGUUCAAUCAUCGAUAACCAUCAAGUGAAGAAGGAGGAGGCUCUCAUCAUGGAUGUGGCCCGGUUUGUGUUUUUUCACGCUUUCUUCAGCACCAAAAAGGUUUCUCAGGACAUCAAAGAGACCCAAGAGACGCUCUCCGUUUCCCUGGAUGAUAAAACCAGGGGGGCGCUGGUCAAUUCUUUCUUCGGACUCCUCACAUCACUGCAUCGCGUGCCUCUCUGUGAAGGGGGCAACGCCGCCAGUCAGAAGCGGGUCCUGGGUGUAACCGCGGAUGGCGCCAUGUGGAUCGACCAUCUGGCCCAGUAUGCCCAUGUCCUGCUGAACCACCCCAAACACGUCCAGACCAGCCAGCCCUUCACCCCUGAGCAGAGACAGGCCUGGGACGGCAUGAUGGAGUCUGUGACAAACCUGAAAAAGAAAGCAAAGAAAGGUGCAACAGCAGAGAGCAACGCCUUUCAGCAGCUCUUCCUUCUGCUCGGCAUGCAUCUCUUCAAGGCUCCUGAGGAGCUGCAGGACACAAUGAAAGACCUGCAAACCUGCGUGGACAAAGCUCAGGAAAAAAAGGCCAAGAAAAGAAAGAAAAAGCAAGCUGCAGAGCAGGAGGAGGAGCCGGAGUGGGUGGAGGUGAUGGUGGAUAUUCUCCUGUCCCUGCUGUCCCAGCCGAGCCGACACAUCAGGCUGGUCUGCAGGACGGUCUUCUCCUCCAUCUGCCCCCACCUCAACCUAGCAGCACUCAACGCCAUCUUGGACGUGCUGAAUCCGGAUAAGAACAGCGAGGAGAACAGCGCUGUGGUCGUCACUGACGACGGAAACCAAACAAAGAAGAGGAAACUAGAGGAUGAUGAGGAAGAAGAGGAAGAGACAGAGGAUGAGGAGUCGGAUGGGUCAGAUGACGAUUCUGAGGAAGAGGAGAGCGACGAUGCAGAAAUGCUGGAGGAUGAACAAGAGGAGCAGAUGGGGGAGGAGGUGGUGGACCAAAACUUCCGCUUGGAGCUCAUGAAGGUUCUCCAGCAGCAGAACGCUCUGGCCACUGAGGAGGAUGCCAGCAGUGAUGAAGAUCUGGAUGAUGAAGCUAUGAUGAAGCUGGACCAAAGCCUGUCGGCGCUGUUCUUAGAGCAGAAGAAAAGGAUUCAGGCCAAGAAGGACGAGAAGGCAAAACUACAGAAAGAGAAAAGUCUGGUGUUGGACUUUAAGAUCAAGGUGCUGGACCUGCUGGAAGUGUUUGUGACCCGGCAGGCCAGCAACCCUCUAGUUGUCAGUUUGGUGGAGCCUUUGCUGAAUGUGAUCGACAGAGAAAUGAACUCGUCCAGCGACCAACAGUCACAGGACUUCCUCCGGAGAGCUGCAGAUAUCUUCAGGAACCAGCUCUGUAGGUCUAAAAGUUACUGCAGAACCGCAGGUGACAGGCAGGGGGAGCUGCAUGACCUGCUGGAGAAGCUGAUGACCAAAUGCCAGAAACUGUCCGACUCCUCGCUGAGUCUCUACUACUUCAGUGCAUGCCUGUAUUUGGUGAAACUUCUGCGAGGAGCUCUUCCUGUCGAAGCCAAAGAGGCUCAGAAACCCACAGGACACAAUCUGCCGUUCAUGGGCCAAGUGGACGUGGAGCGGGUCACCGGUGUCUUCAGAGAAGCUCUGGUCUCUUUCCUGAGCAGGAGGAAGAGCCCUCUGACCUCUCAGAUGUUUACAGACCUGUUCAACAGAUUUCCUGUUUUGUGUGUGAACCUGUUGGAUACAGCCGUGCAGCACAUCACAUCUGGCAUCAGGGACCAUCAGCAGGGUCAGGCGUGUGUGUUGGUGCUGCGAGGGAUGCAGGCCAGCGAGGUCCGGCAGCUUCUGAGCGGCGCCAAAUGGACGGCGCUCUGUCAGAAAGUGUCCGAGCAGUUGUUAGGGAUUCUUGCACAGGCUGACCAAAUUGAGAACAAGUUGGUAAAAGAGAAGAUGGUCAAAGUCCUGGAGCUCUGCCAGUUCCUGAUCAAAACUGUUCAUCUGCAGAAGCUGUCUGUGGACCUGGACUCCCUCCAGACGACCCUGCAGUCCCUGACCAGCACCGCCUCUUUGAAGAGCACCGGAAAGCUGGAGGACACGUACUGGGCUGUGAUGAAGCUCUUUGGAGUGAUGAAGCCCAAAGUUGAGAAAACGAAGCCUGACAAGGAGCCGGAGCAGAAGCAAGCUCUCAAAAAGAAAAAAGGUUUUCUGCCAGAAACAAAAAAACGCAUAAACCGCAAUAAACCUGCUUUGGAACCAGCCUCAGACACAGCAGCCCCCGCUAACAAACCAGGAGCAGAGAAAGGACAAGCCAAAAAGAAGCAUGACAAGAAAAGCAAACAAAAACGACCUGCCAAAGGUGCUGGGGCUUCAGAGUCCAGCCCUGCCAAGAAGAGCAAAACACAGUCUGACAGCAACCCAGCCAAGAAGAAGAAGAGGAAGAAGAAGCCCAAGCAGAUGAAAGAGGGAGGACAAGUGUGAUGCUGUUUGAGAGGACACAAAGUUCUGAAACGUCUUUUUAAAAAGACUUUCUUUGUUUUUCAAUUCUGAAAAACAUUUUGACAUCUUUAGUGGAACUUUUGCUCUGCGAGGUGUGAAAUGAGAGGAUAUUUUUCCAAUGAGUGACUGUUGUUCAUUAGAAAAUGUCUACAAUAAUAAAUGUAUUUCUUCCUGGAAAUUGA